AUGGUUUCUGCGUUUUUGACGCUCGUUACGGGCGCGUUAUUAUUAUUGUGCUUCUACCUCUAUUUAAAACACACGUAUUGGAAGAGAAACGGAAUCCCAUGCGGCAAAGGAUGGUUGCCGAUAAUCGGUCAUCUUCUACCCGUGAUGAUCAAGAAAAAAAGUUACAGUGAAAUGAUCGAUCAGAUAUAUCGCGAUUCGAAUCACAGUAUGGUUGGAAUGUACAAAGGAACGAAUCCGGUGUUGGUUCUUCGCGAUAUCGAUUUGAUUAAAACCGUGUUGCAAAGUAAUUUCUCGAAGUUCCAUGAAAAUGCGUUUAAAAUCGAUUCGAAAUUGGACCCUUUGCUAUCGAAAAAUCCAUUUUUCUGUUACGGAGAAUUAUGGCAGAUCGGACGGAAACGUUUGACUUAUGCGUUUAGCAACAUGAGAUUAAAAAUCCUUUUUGCAGCUGUGAACGAAGUGUGUAAAAAAUUUCAAAACUUCUUGAACAGGCGGCUAGAAUCGAGCAAGAAAUACGAAGUCGAGUUGAAGUCGUUGUUCUUAAAAUUUACGAGCGAGGUUGUGGCGAACGCCGGCUUAGGAAUCGAAGCUUACUGUUUCGAGGAUGGAGUACAAUCCAUGUUUAACGAAUUGAACAAUAACGAAUUCUUGAAUACGUUUCUAAUUGGGAUCGUCGUACAUUUCCCCUUUCUUAGCAAAAUGUUGAGGAUAAAAUUCCUAUCUGACAAGAUAGACAGAUUCUUCAGGACAGUGGUGAGGAAAAAUUUAGAGCUAAGGAGGAGCGAUCCGAUACCCAGAAACGAUUUCAUCCAAUUAAUGAUCGACAUGGAGCAGACGGGGGAGAAGAUCGACGAAGAGAGCGUGGCGGCUCAUGCGGUUUCCUUCUACAUCGAUGGAGUCGAAACGUCCAGUGUCACGCUUAAUUUUGUCGGAUGCCAAUUGGCCAUUCAUCAAGACGUGCAAGAAAAAUUGAGAAAGGAGGUGAGAUCGACGAUCGAGAAACACGGGGGCGAGUUAACGUUCGACGCGUUGAAGGACAUGACGUACAUGAAUCAAGUGAUCAGCGAAUCCCAAAGAUGUUUCUCGGCUCUGGGUUUUCUGGGUAAAGUGUGCACGGCCGAGUUCGAGUUGCAAGGCUCGGACGGGUUGAAUUAUCGCGCAAAACCCGGCACCGAAAUAGCGAUACCGAUCUUUGGCUUGCACAAAGACCCGAAAUACUGGGACAAUCCAGAGAUAUUCGAUCCGGAGCGAUUUAACGACGAGAAUAAGCAAAGUAUAGAAAAGAUGGCGUUCCUUCCUUUCGGCGAAGGUCCAAGAAUUUGCGUAGGAAUGAGGAUGGCUAUGCUGCAGAUGAAGAGUUGUUUGGCCACAUUGAUAAAAGACUACAAACUCGAAGUUUCGCCGAAGAUGCAACUACCGUUGAGAUUGUCGCCGUCUUUUUUCCUCUCGAUGCCAAUUGGUGGUGGUUGGGUACUCAUUUCGAAAGCCUGAACUUAUCGAAAAAUUAUACGUGCGAUCAAAAUUCAUUGAUUAUUAUUGCGAUGUUUAUUAAUUAUGUUUAAGACAAAUUCGAUACAAUGUAUUUGCGUACGUGGAUAUUCUUAUCGAUACAUUAUCUUCGAGAGAUAAUAAAAUUUUG